AUGAUCGGACUCGGCGCCGUCUGUCCCUUCAAAGGGAAAAAACAAAGCAAAUGCCCCGGGCUUACAAAAUCACGAUUUGAGUUAAAAACUACCCUAUUGCAUCCAAAUAUUCCCAUGAUUGCCACGGACCUUCAGGUUAACAUCUUCUGCGUAAUGCAAACGACAUGUGGGCCGAUUGCACAUGUCAUGUAUGAUUGCCCCUCAGGUUUGGGACCCUUCCCGAUUGUGGAGGGUAUUCCUCGGAGCCGAGAAAAGGCAAUGUGCCAAACACUACCUAUAGUUUUCUGUCUGCGAACGACCUCAUAA